GGAGGGAGAGAUGACAGAAGAAGGAGGAGUGAAAAAGCGGCAGAGAAAAGGCAAAAAGAAAGAGGAGGGCUCUGAUGCAAACACCACCCCAGCUGACGGUGGAGGAGGGAAGAAACGGAGAACCAAGAAAAAGGGAGAGGAAGAGGAUGAGGCAGAAGAAGAAAAAGCACCCCCCCAGGAGAACUUGUUUGGAGAAAUAGAGGGAGAAUUUGGAACUAGGAGAAUGUCUUAUAGCCAGCCUGCCAGAGCCAGAAGCACGAAAGGAGCAGAGGGUAACUUUGUGAAGAUAAACCUGAAGAAGAAAUCUCAUGUCAAAGGAUAUGCACUAAGAGGGGCUGGUCUACGUAAACAGUUGUACAUGCAGAAGUUCCAGCUGAAAGGGGAGCGUUUUGGUGGAGGUGGUGGAUUUUUUGGCAGAGGGAGGAGAGGUGGCUUCAGAGGGGGCCUCAAUCGCCAGGGGGAUACCUGCUACAAGUGUGGAGGGACCGGACACUGGGCCAUGGACUGCAAGGGACGAGCCCCUCCCCCUCCUGUUCCCGAGGACCAACCUGUUGAAGAGGAACCGUUUGAGCUACCCACCCUGGAGGAGGUUGCCAGGGCAACAGGAACGCUGCAACCCCAGCCGUUGUUAUCAUCUCCCAGUGUCAAGGGGGAGCAGCAGUUCCAGGAAAAGGAGGGAGACAAUAAAGAUGAGGUUUUGCUGAAUGUGAUUCGUCCUGACUACGAACGCCCUGCUGUUCCACCACCUAUGGAACCACUUUAUCAUGUCAAAGAUGAUGGAAAAGUUCAGGCAACACCCACUGAGGUCUUUGCAGCUCUGAACGACCUCGGCUAUAACUCUUUCAGACCAGGACAGGAGGAUGCCAUCAUGAGGAUCCUGUCAGGUCUCUCUACCCUUGUAGUGUUGUCAACAGGGAUGGGUAAAUCGUUGUGCUAUCAGCUCCCAGCCUACCUUUACGCACAAAGAUCAAACUGCAUCACUUUAGUAAUAUCACCUCUAGUCUCACUAAUGGAUGACCAGCUGUCUGGCCUUCCUGCCAAACUGAAAGCAGCCUGUAUCCACUCCAACAUGACGAUGAAACAGAGAGAAGCUGCGAUAGAAAAGGUGAAGUCAGGUCAGGUAUGCUUGUUGCUCCUCUCUCCAGAGGCCCUCGUUGGUGGUGGCGGUUCUGGUUCGGGAUGUCUGCCCUCCGCUCAGGAGCUCCCUCCUGUGGCCUUUGCCUGUAUAGAUGAAGCUCAUUGUGUCUCAGAGUGGUCACACAACUUCAGACCCUGCUACCUAAGGCUCUGUAAGGUACUGAGGGAGCGCUUGGGAGUGCAGUGCUUACUGGGACUCACUGCUACUGCCACACUGUCCACAGCUCUGGACAUUGCUCAACAUCUGGGCAUUAAUGAUCAAGACGGCAUCGCAGUCAGAUCUGCAGCAGUACCUCCAAACCUGCAACUGUCUGUGUCCAUGGACAGAGAGAAAGAUCAGGCCUUAGUAUCUUUGCUGAAAGGUGAUCGUUUUGGCUGCCUGGACUCCAUCAUCGUCUACUGCACCAGAAGGGAGGAGACUGUUCGUGUGUCGGCGCUGCUCAGGACCUGCUUGCAAGGGGUGGUUGUGAAAGAAAAUUACCAAAUCAGCAACAGCAGCCAGAGCAACCCUGUAGGACAGAAGAAGAAAGAAUUGGCAAGGAAGAAGAUACGUAAACCGCUGAAGUGGCAGGCUGAGUCGUACCACGCCGGCCAUUCAGGGUCAGAACGCCGUCGGGUUCAGAACAACUUCAUGUGUGGGGAGCUCAGAAUCGUGGUGGCCACUGUGGCAUUUGGCAUGGGCCUCGAUAAAUCUGACGUGCGUGGUAUCAUUCACUACAACAUGCCCAAGAGCUUUGAGAGCUAUGUUCAGGAAAUAGGGAGAGCCGGGAGAGACGGAGAACCAGCUCACUGUCACCUUUUCCUCGACCCUGAGGGCGGGGACCUCCACGAGCUGCGACGUCACAUCUAUGCAGACACAGUAGACUACUUCACAGUAAAGAGACUGGUCCAGAAAGUUUUCCCUGCCUGCAAAUGUAAACUGAUACAUCAAAAGCAACAGGAACUUGUUAAGGACAUUGAGGACUCAGAGCUGUUGGAGAUGAUGGAUGUGUGUGAUCAGGAGUGCAGCCUGAACCCCUCCACUCAGCAGGACACCGAGAAGAAAGAAGAGGAAACUGAUGGUUCAGUGAAACAACAGCAUGUAGAGGUGAUGGCAACUAAUGAUUGGCCGAGGGAACGAGAAGUGGAGGGAAGCGACUGGCCCAAAGAGCGAGUGUGUCAUACCCACGAGAGAGCGAUUCCCAUCCAGGAGACGGUAGAGGCCCUGGACAUCACAGAGGAGGGUGUAGAAACACUGCUCUGCUAUCUGGAGCUGCAUCCUCAGCGCUUUGUUGAACUUCUCCACUCCACCAUGUCUGUGUGUAAAGUCAGCUGCUACAAUGGACCAAGACAGCUUCAGAAACUGACAAAAAUCUGCCCUCCGGUCGCAGUGGUGCUGGCCAGAAGGCGGAUGGCAGGCGAGCGAGUGGAGGUGUGUGAUCAGUUGGAGUUUGACGUUGUUGAGGUAGCAGACACUAUGGGAUGGCAGCUUCCUCUUGUGAAGAGAGGACUCAGGCAGCUGCAGUGGAGCACUAGUAAAGCUGGCGGACGUAGCGGCGUCCUCGUUGAAUUCUCCUCUCCGUCUUUCUACUUCCGUUCCUAUGGCGACCUAAGUGAUGACGAGAUGGACAGAGUGUGUCAGUUCCUCCAUAAUCGAGUGCAGGAGCAAGAGAGAACGCAACUCUACCAGCUGACCACCUGCUUCAAGUCUUUCAAAAGUGUUGCGUUCCAGAGUGUGUUAUCCUGCGUAGAUGAUCUGGAUGAGAGUCGCAGUCAGCAGCUAAAAUACCUUCUCUCUGAGUACUUUGACAAGAGGCGAGACCGAGACCACGCGCUCAAACCAGUGGACUUUGAGGAGCUUGACAAAUAUAAAUUCUUAGACUGGGAGAAUCAGAUCAGAGCAGACAUCAGAAGUUUUCUUUGCAACCGAAGUGAUGAGAAAUUCUCUGGAAGAGCUGUUGCAAGAAUCCUCCACGGUAUAGGCAGUCCUUGUUAUCCUGCUCUAACGUAUGGAAAAGAUAGACGCUACUGGAGGAAGUACAUCCAGUUCGACUUCAACCAGCUGAUCAGGCUUGCCACUCAGGAGAUCAUUCGUUUUAAGUGA